CUUCUGGUCAGAUAAAUGUAGGAGAAGACAAACUGGAAACUUUCCUGGGCAGAUAUUAAGAUUUUUUUAAGUGAAAUGAUAGCAAGCCACCUGACUACAGACUUGUUGACAAUCCACAGGCACGUGGACGUCCGAGGAGAAGUGUUUUGAGGACAUUCUCAAAACUUUACAUGAACAUUUCUUUUAAUACAAAACAUUUGCUUCCUCAGUCUGUCAGUGAUGCUUCUCAAGUUACAAACUAUAUGUUUGGACUUUCAGUGCAUUGCAUUUUCAAUUACAUGAGAAAAAGUUCUAAGGGGAAGUCAAGUCAGACAGAUAAAGGAAGACGGUUGUGGUGUAAGAGAGGAAGAGAACUGAAAUAGGAUCGCGUUUUUUUCUUUGUGGUUUGUACUUGUAAUAUCGAGUGGCAGUGUGUUCAGAGGGUUAGAUCAGUCACCUCGAUGCAGAGCAAAACCUCUCCAUCACCUCUCAGCAUGGAGGACGAAGAGUACGCUUCAGAUUAUUAUUACUAUGAAAAUGAGACUAACAUUACUGAGAAUGACACCUACGGACAUGACUGUGGCUUCUCAGCCCUGCCCGGCUCCCACAUUUUCCUGCCCACCUUGUAUUACCUGAUAUUCUUCACUGGAUUCUGGGGCAACAUCUUUGUGAUCGUGGUGGUGGGAAGCAAAGGCAAAAGAGCGGGUCGCCUAGUGGACAUCUUCGUCUUGAACCUGGCCAUGGCUGACCUGAUCUUCGUCCUCACGCUGCCUCUUUGGGCCUUCUCUUCCAGCCAGAACGGCUGGGACUUUGGGUUGGCCAGUGAGUUCCUGUGCAAGCUGAGCAGCUACAUCAUCUCUGUCAACCGCUUCUCCAACAUCUUCUUUCUCACCUGCAUGAGCAUUGACCGCUACCUGGCAAUAGUGAAGAUGAUGGAUUCAAGGUACCUCCGGAGUAGUAAGUGCAUCCGCAUCACUUGUGCUGCCCUCUGGAUCGUCUCUGGCACUCUUGGUAUUCCCUCUCUGAUCUACCGAAAAAUGGCGCCAUCUGCGGGGGGUCAGUCCUGCCGCGAAGAUGACACUUUGGUGCUCCUGAUCAGCAUGAAUCUGUGCAUGGUGUUCCUCACGUUCGUCUUCCCGGUGCUGAUCAUCAUGGUCUGCUACGGAACCAUCAUCAUGCACCUCAACAGGCACUGCGCCGCUGCUGGGAACGCCCGAGCCGAGGCUCGCCGCAGACACUCACUGAAGAUGGUCCUCUGCAUCAUCUUGGCGUUCGUGGCGUCCUGGCUGCCCUACAACACCUUCAAGUCCAUCAAAAUCAUUUCCUAUCUCUCAGAAGGCGAUCUGAGAUGUAAAGCAUGGUUGCACAACGGGUUCCUCGUCUCCUGCUGCCUGGCUUUUCUCAACAGCUGCGUGAACCCGGCCAUCUACUUCUUCUUGGACCACCACUUCAGGCGACGGGCAAAGUUCCUGUUCCAGAGCUGCAUCGGGAAGACAAAGAUGCUGCAGAGCUUCAACUCCUCUGCUUCUAUCACCAACCCCGGCACUUCUGAAACCUAUGCGACAAAUGGUGGGCGAACGCAGAUUCAGAUGUCCCUCCAGGAGGAGAACAAGUCAUUCAUUACCUUCUAAAAGUCCAGAAGAGGUGAUGUCAUUGUUUUAUAUUUCAAUUAAAAUCAUCUGCAAUUUUAUUCUUUUUUUUUCUGUUGUUAAAUUUUAGUCCCUGCCAAUUUUCUUCUGUAGAGCCCUGAGGUGUUACAGUAGAACAUUGAAUAACUCAUCUUUUUUGUUUGUUUGUUUCUGAAAUAUUUGUUUUAUGUUUAAUUGUACAAUUUUUAAAUUCUUUUUUUUUUUCUUGUCUUUUGACUUCCUCAUCUAAGAAAAUGCUGUUAAUACUGCUUAUGCUGGAUGGCAGUGCAUAACUUGGCUGUUUAUUUUUUGCAUGUUGCAUUAUUAUUUUAGCAUUAACAAUACUACCAAUAGUUCGUAAUCAUAACAUUAGCUUUGAAUCAUUAGCAUGUUUAUGUCUUUGGUCUUUGCUUUCAAGUUUUGUAUUUUUAUGAUUCAUCCUGUUAAAAAACUGUGAGGAUUUUUGUAAAGUUUUUUUCAUGCGUGAAAUAAAUGUGUAAGAAAAAAAACCGUUUUUUUCCAAUUGCAUAGCUGCAAGUUCACCCAGAUAAACACAUUUUUAAAUUAAAUUACAGUGAAACUAACAAGCUCCAGUAAUCCAUAGUUUACACACGUUAGCUACAUUUAAUGAAUGGUUUGAUUUGUAUUAUUUAUAUUUCUUUAAAUAAAAUCAAAUUUUGUGAUGAAUACAUGUUUUUCCUGCUGCAAUGAUGCUCGUCCACUUCUUCUUAAGCUUAAACAAAUCUGUCAGCUGCUGUUUAAGCAUGAUUUGAAAAUAAUACAAAUUGACACAUUGUAAACAUAUAUAAUGAACUUUGUAGUGACAAUAAAUCUCUUAUCGACAUG